AUGGGGCUACAAGUUUCAUCCGUCUUCCUAUUAGGGCUUGUGGCCAAAUCAGCUUUGAGUCAACCGUUCACCUUCGUUGUCCCUGGACAUGAUGAUAUUGCCUACCACGUCUUGGAAAUCGACGCAACAUAUAUCAUGAUCACUGCACCGAAAGAUGUUGGAUGGGUUUCACUUGCUCGGGAGCAAGGCGGCUUGAAUUCCAGCAACUUGUCGACCUCAAACACAAUCUCAGUGUCGUUGAAAGAGCAAUAUUCUAUCAAGGCUGAAUCCACUCUCUCCAAUUGCCAAAUAAUCCAGGGGCCACCUUCUGUGCAUGAUCAAACGGUGGAGGCGACAAUCCGCUGUCAUGACUACCCUAUCCUGGAUAGACUGGAUGCUUUCACCUGGGCCUACGAACAGGAAGGGAGCAUUCAUUCUGGCCCAAUGAGAGUACUUGAAACCCACAAUUCGGACAGUAUUGCCAUGAGUGGACGUGACGGUCUGCGGCGAGUAGUGCGGUCAGCGAGCUCUCAAUCGGCAGAAACAUCCACUGUGCCAUCCCAGUCACCAUCCCCGGCCGAAAUUGCUGCUUUGAUGGCAAAGUACGACAGAUUGACGAAAAUCAGAACUAUCCACGGUUCGAUUCUUGCAGUUACGUUUGUUGUACUCUUUCCGACCUUUGCCAGUCUGAUUCAUUUGCUCCCAUCAUCCAAGCCAGUUGUGAAAAUCCAUGCAUCCUUGCAAGCCAUGUCAGCAAUUCUUGCUAUAGUUGGUUUUGGUCUUGGUGUAUACCUCAACUCGCAAAUUACCAUAAAGGGAAAGCAUCACCAAGCCAUCGGUGCCAUUGUCAUCAUCCUCCUUGUGAUCGUUCAACCCAUCCUCGGGAUCCGUCACCACAUGUUGUUCCGCCGGACACAGAGGAAGACUUGGUUGGGCUAUGUACACCGCUGGCAGGGUCGCAUCAUGCUUAGUCUAGGAGUUGUCAAUGGUGGCAUAGGGUACAACCUUAGCCGGACUGGCCCCUCUGGAGGUCCUCGCAGUGCUCUUGUCGGUUACGGUGUGGCGGCUGGCAUUGUUUACGUCUGUUACUUUGGCAUCUUGGCCUUUAAGGCAUUCAAACAGCGACAAGUCUCUCAGGGCGAUAAGACCGAUGGCACAGAAGCAGCCGGGCGUCCAGAUACGGAAGAGCAUACACUGACGGAGAUGUCUACGCACAAUUAA